CAAUCCCCAACUUCCCCUUCCUUUCAAUUCCGUCCAACUUCUCCAUCAGUAUCUUUCCCCGCAUUCCCAAAUAUCAGACUUCAACAAUGUCCGGUCUCGGCGGCCUUAAUAAAACCACCGGCGGCAUCGUCAUCGCCGCCGUCCAAUCACAGCUCUUCUCCGUCACAACCCCAUCCGACCUCUCCAAAGCCACACACCACGUCUGCGACCUCGUCCGCCAAACCAAACGCGCCUACCCCUGCACAGACCUCAUCCUCUUCCCCGAAUACUGCAUCCAUGGGCUCUCUAUGUCCACGUCCCCGUCCCUCAUGUGCACGCUCGACGGGCCCGAAAUCGCAGCCUUCAAGGCCGUCUGCAAAGAGCAAGCCGUGUGGGGCGUAUUCUCCAUCAUGGAGAAGAACGAGCUAGGCAACCCGUGGAACGCCGGCGUAACCAUCAACGACGCAGGCGAGAUCGCGGACUACUACCGCAAAAUGCACCCCUGGGUCCCCGUCGAGCCAUGGUACCCGGGAAACCGCGGCGUGUCUGCGUUCACGGGCCCAGGAGGUGUCAAAAUGAGCCUGAUCAUCUGUCACGAUGGCAUGUUCCCUGAAAUGGCGCGCGAAGCCGCGUACCGCGGCGCUGAGGUUCUGCUCCGCACCGCUGGCUACACGUCGCCGAUUAAGUCUUCGUGGGAGAUUACGAACCGCUCUAAUGCAUUCUGCAACCUUAUGUACACGGUUUCCGUUGCGCUGGCUGGCACGGACGGCACGUUUCGCAGUAUGGGACAGGCUAUGUUCGUGCAUCCGGAGGGCCAUGUGCUGGAGCAGGGCGAUGGCACGCCGGAUGCGAUUGUGGUGUGUGAGAUACGGGUUGAGGAAGUUAGGAGGAGGCGGAGGGAGUGGGGCGUGGAGAAUAAUUUGUUUCAGUUUGGGCAUCGGGGUUUUGUUGCUGUUAGGGAAGGGGCGCAAGAUUGUCCGUAUAUGUAUAUGAAGGAUCUCGUGAAGGGAGAAUACAAGCAGCAAGAGGAUGCAGAGGUGGCGGUGAGAGAUGGAAAGAGCUGUGGAUUUGAGAAACCGAAGCAGGAUUUUGUAAGUGAGAUGGAGUGAGAUGUAAGGUUGUCGGGAGCAGGGCUCUUCGCGGCUGCAGAUGGACACCGGAAUUCCAACUCCAAUCUAUCUAGCAAUGUUUAAGCCACUACA